UGCUUGCUCUUGCUCUUGCUCUUGCUCUUGCUCUUGCUCUUGCUCUUGCUCUUGCCUCCUCGUGCUCUUGCUCUUGCCCUUGCCGCUUGCUCUCCGCCGUGACGACACUCUCUUCCCCUCGUUUUUGCCGUUGCCGUUGCCGUACUACUGUCUCCAACACGAUAGCCAUAGACCGAAAUCCCCUAUAGAUCGAAUCCCUAUAGACGACGCUCGUGUGCACCAUCCAGUAGUGUGCAUCCACCCCCCGAUAAACCCGAGCUUUUUUUGGUCGAGCCAGCAGCGUAGACUAGCCUAGCGAUUCGAUUCGCACACCCUAGCGAACCAACACCCACACCACACCAUACCCUCACCCUCAACCCCACCCCAAUCAACCGUCACUCCACCAUCACGAAACCCACACCCACUCAUUCUCACGCUCCCGCUUCACGUUGACGGAAGACGCGCCAGCACCAGUUCAGUCUGUCUUGGUGGCACAGGUUUCUCGAGCCGUGAAAGGAGAGAAAUAUAAGGAUACACACGCCAGACGCACGAAGCCGAAUUCUUCAAAGGAAACGAAAUAACCUGUCGUGCACGAAAAAAUUCGCGAGGAAGGAAUCCCAGCCCGGCCUGUCCCAAAGGUAUAUCAGAAGCGCCGAGUCGUGAGCCAACCAACAGAAUACUAUACGCCUCGACAGCGGCACCUGCACCCGCACUUUCAACGCAACACAACCACCACCACCACAUACUUUCGCUGAAGACAGACUUCAGUCAGAAAAUAUGAGUACCGCCGUCGCAAUGGCACCGUCUCCCGCCCCUCACGACCGCUCUUCCUAUGUCGAUAUCGUCCCUUCAGGACCCUCGUCCAAAUCCCCGCCAGCGCAGCGAGUCUCUGCAUCGGCGACACCGAAUGUCUCUGCGCAACGAACAGCGAGCGGCAGUCCCAAAUCAACACCUGCAUCUGCAUCCAAAGGCUCACCCAAUGCGUAAGUCUCCCCCAUUCUUCCCCUUCGACCACUCCCUCGACCUUUUAAUGGGUUGCGUGCAUCUUAGGUAUGACCAGAAACUAACUUCCACGUUCCGGCGGUAGUUUACGAAAUGGCGUUCCACCCAGGAUCAUCGUGAAAAAGGAACCAUCGUCGCCAGAUCUCCCAACUUCCCGCCACCGACCACGUAAAUUGGAUCUCUCCAAGAACACCUCGAGUGCCAAUCCCGCAUCGAGACCAUCCGCGGGUCAAUUGACUUCGCGAGGCGCGCACACCGGUGGACUAGAGAUUCAUGACGUGGGUUUGGCGUGUUUAUCGCCAGGUUUCGUGACACAGGACCCAACCAUGAGGGAACAGCUGCAGCGAAGUAUCUCGGUUCGGGAACAACAGAGGCAGCUCAUCGAGGCGAGGUUACAACAAACGGCCAAGCCAGAGAAUGCACCGACCGAGAGCGCAAAGGAGAGAGAUUUCGGUGGCUUUGGCACGAAAACGCCAGGCACAUCCAAAAGGAAGGCCCCUCCUGGAUUGAGUAUUGUCGCACCGUCGCACGAGCAAUUCGCCCACGAAAGAGUAAUUCAAUCCGCUCCACUCAACCAGAGUUUCACAGGGAGACAUCAACCUCAUCCCUUGACUCGUCAUAUUGCCAAUCAGCCAUCGAAUCUGUCCAAUACCUCACACAUUCACCACGUUCCUGCUACACAGACAGCGAAUCGCUUACCCCCUAUUACGGAUGUCUUUGCAGAGAACGGACUCGGUGCGCACCGUGAUCCUUCCGGUCCAGUUCGAACAUCGGUCGUACAAAAUAACAAUGGCUCCGCUUCGAAUUCAUCACACUCAAAUUCGCGACCGGCUUUCCCAUCUCCAGGACACAAUUCCACCCAGCCUCCACAUUCAGCACGCCCAAGAGAGUACCGCUCAGCCGAAGAGGCUCAGGUGGAACUCGCCGGUGGCAGAACCGAACUUCUACCCAAACUUGUGCACUAUGGCGGUCAUCAACCACCUACUCCACCAUCUCCACUCCCAGGAAGUCAUAUGAGACAAGCAGAAACCAGCCGCAGUGGUGGUGGUCGCAGACGCCAAAGAGCCGAGUACGAAGAGGGAGCAAGUCCUCCAUUAGGAAACGGACCAGCGACAUCUCGACGGACAGGACCUUUCGGCGAGGGACGAGACAGCCCAAGCACGCAACACAAGAAGAAGAUGGAGUUUAUGCAACUGUGUGAUCGCGCGUGGGAUUUGUUCCAUUCGUGAUCUUGACUUGGAUACGAUUAAUUACACGGUUACAUGGAUGUAUUCACGAUGCAUUGCUUCCUCACUGUCGAUAUGCCUGCUUGUUUUGGUGCAAAUUGUUUUGCCAACAGCCACACACAUAUACACGACACUUGGUGCGCUUAGGUUUUUGUGUUUUCGGUUGCUCUCUUGAUGGCUGGUUACAUUGAUUAGGACUGGCGUUUUAAUAUUGUGGUCACGAUUGGGGUAACCCAAAGGGUUAAUUAACGAAAGGUGGAUCAUAUGAACCAUGGGAGGAAAGGAAUCUGGGGACGGUGUUGGAUUGAUAUAUUGAUUGGCAGAUGAAAAAGCUGUGUUGUAUUGGGUGGAAAGGAAAUGGAACCAGGAAAAGGGGGAGGAUUCCAGUGGAUGGGAACGUAACUUUUCUGUGGUUCUUUCCUCAUACCCUUUUUUUGUCCUUUCCGUAUUAUCUUCCGAUGGGAGGAAAUGUUAUAGCGUCUUAAUGUGGGAUUACUUUUUUUCAUUUAUUCUUCUUCUAUACUUGGAUGUGCUCUUUCGUUCGUGGUUUUCUUGACCUUUUCCCUCUCGUUUCCGAGGACGGAGAGAGGUUCAUGAAUUGACGACGAAGAAACUCAUCAUUUUUUUCUUUAUCUCUUAUGGUGUGGCGUUCUUUUUUUUAUAUAUAUAUAUAUUUAUCAAGGGCGUCGGUGGUUUUUGGUUUGUGGUUGUUGAUUUUGAUGCAUCUUAAUCCGGCUCUUCAUUGAAUAUGUAAGCUACUGUAGCUAUUUUAUCUACCUUGAACUACCUGCC